AUGCACAACGGAUUCGCGAUAACGCGGACGCGAUCCGCGAUAAUCGGAUUGCUGCUGUUGCUGGUAACAGCACACUGUAACGGGCUGCAGUAUCAACCUUUCGACUCUUAUGCAAACGGAGAAGAGUGCGCCUUGAUCCUGGAUGUCCGUGGAAGAACCAGCGUUUAUGACUACACCUAUAAUUUACUUCGCGGAUCGUUCCCUACCACAGGAGGUACUCAAACCUGUAUCACGUUUGACGCCGUAAAUCAUGCUUACGUCGAGGCGAGGAAGCGCAUCAACGUCGCGAGACCAAAGUCGGAGAUGUGGCGACCAGAGGAUCUGUCGACGGUCGGCGAGCUGCUUCUCGACAUUACUACGAAUCUCGCGCAAACGUACGGAUUGACCUACGAGGAAAUUCAAAGGAGUCUACCGUUGAUCGACACUUCGAAGACGCUAAUUCGCGAAGUUUGUCCCGCUUUUCUUAGCAACAUAGAAUGCAGACCAGGCAAGUACCGACGGUUUGAUGGUCUCUGCACAAAUUUAGAGAAUCCAACUUGGGGAGCCACUCUGUCGCCUUUCGCUAGAUUGAUGGGCCCUCAAUUCGCGGACGGCCUAUCGGCGCCGAGGAUAUCCAUAACGGGUCGUGAUCUACCAUUGUCCCGAGUCGUAUCACGCACCAUGCACCCGGACGAAGGUUAUCAUGAUCACGCCGGCACAGUUAUGGUGAUUGCGUGGGGACAAUUCAUGGACCACGAUUAUACUUUGACCGCCACGCCUUUAGACCCUCUGAACCGAAACGACCCGGAAGAGUGCUGUGGUCGGCUGCCACACCAAAAGAAUCCCUACUGCAAUGAGAUCCUCAUACCAGAGGACGACUAUUUCUUCAGACUGUUCAAUGUGCAAUGCAUGGACUUCGUUCGCGCUUUUCCUGCCGUCCGACCUGGUUGCCGCCUCGGUUCCCGAGUACCUUUCAAUCUUCUUACGGGUGUACUGGAUGGUAAUACGGUUUAUGGCAUCACGGAAGUUUUUGCUAGAAAACUCCGAACAGGCUAUGGCGGAUUACUACGAAUGAAUCCAGUCUUUGCAGAGUAUGGCCUUAAAGACUUAUUACCGUUAAAAUUGGAUAUACCGGAUGAAGGGUGUACUCGGCCGAACCGAUCGAUGUAUUGCUUCGAAGCUGGUGAGAUUCGCGUAAACGAACAGCUGGUACUUACCUGUAUGCACACUUUAAUGGCGCGAGAGCAUAAUCGGAUUGCCAAAGCACUGGCCGUCAUAAAUCCGCAUUGGGACGAUGAGAUUCUCUUCCAGGAAGCUAGGCGCAUCGUCAUCGCGGAAAUCCAACACAUCACUUAUAACGAGUUUCUUCCCAUAUUACUCGGUAAAAAUGUCAUGGAGAAAUUCGGACUUCUCCUCGAGAAGGAAAAAUACUGGGAUGGAUAUGAUCCGAGCAUAAAUCCAGGCGUAAUAGACGCUUUCGCUGCUGCUGCUUUUAGAUUCGGUCACUCGCUAUUGCCCACGGCUGUAGAACGAUGGAGUAAAGCUCAUAAAUUUAUUGCUUCAAAGAGACUCUCAGAUUUGAUAAGACGCCCUUAUGAUUUGUAUCGGGCAGGUGUAUUCGAUGAAUAUUUGAUGGGCUUGAUGAACCAAGUCGCUCAAGCUAUGGACGAUUCUAUAACGCAAGAAGUAACAAAUCAUCUUUUCAAAAAAGUUGGAGCAAAAUUCGGACUAGAUUUGGUAUCCUUUAACAUGCAACGCGGCCGCGAGUUUGGUAUUCCAAGUUACAUGGAGUUUAGAAAGUACUGCGGCCUUCCUGAUGCCAACACUUUCGAUGAAUUGUUCGGUUCCAUGCCAAACGAAACUGUCAGGCGAUAUAGCACUAUUUUUGAACAUCCUGCGGACGUCGAUUUAUGGUCGGGCGGCGUAUCCGAAAGACCGCUUCCGGGUAGCAUGCUCGGACCAACCUUCGCCUGCCUAAUUGCCACACAGUUCAGUCAUUCGCGUCGUGGCGACAGAUUCUGGUACGAGUUGCCGAACCAGCCAUCGUCCUUCACUCUCGAACAACUGAACGAAAUUCGAAAAGCAAAGCUCGCUAGAUUGAUCUGCGAUAAUACCGAUCUUAUCGAUACAGUACAAAUCUAUCCGAUGGUCCUUCCUGAUCACGAAAUAAAUCCUCGAGUUCCAUGUCGUAGUGGUAUUCUACCCGGCAUCGACUUGUCGAAAUGGGCUGAAUUCCCGGCGACGAGUCACGCCGAGCAAUACCAAUGGGUGGAGGAGCGUCCGGUGCAACCGGCAAUGGUACGGGAGCACUACAACAGCCAGCAAGCUUAUCGAAUCUUCUUUGAGAAUAUUAACGGCAUUGCUUCAUAUCUGGGCUUCACGAGAAAGUAAGCGAGAGCACCGCAGGGGACAAAGGCGCCUGAUCGUAAAGUAUC